AAUGUUGGAGUGGAUAAUAUGGGCUUUGUUUAGCUUUAAGAAAGGGGGUGUCAGCGUGACGAUUUAGGAAGUGCAUGAAGUGACGCUCUGGGUGGGAGAGAGCGCACUUCCUACCGCAGCUGUGCAGAAUCCUUAACAAGAAGUGUACUAUGUUGCUGACACACUGUACUAGUGAGCUUUGCUGAGCACUGCGCUGUGGACUGAAUUUCCCUCAAGUUGGCUCAGUCUCCAGCCGAUGUUUACCUCUUGAAAUAUUCAUUUUACGCAUGCCACGUCCGCCAACUCUAUGUUUAGGUGAUUAUGAAAUGCACUGAAGACACACGGCAUAUUUUGGACACGACAUGAAAGGACUCAAGUCAUGGAACACUGGAUCAUAAUAGCGCUUUAGUUAUAGUAUUUUUGUUGUUGGCACAAUGUUUUCUCUUUGGAUUGGACUCGAGGGGUAAGAGAACAUCCCCCCAGCUGGUAGGCGACACCACGAGCGUCGGGAAUGCGUUAUUCCGUUGGAAUCAUGAGUGGGGCCGCAGACGAAUGCGAUAUUGUCAUGAGCCUGAAUGUCAGCCAGCGGUGCGAGUUCGUCAAGAGUACCGAAGACUGUAGCCAGGAAGACGGCUUCAUCAACUACCCGCGCCUCACCUUCUGCGCGUUCUCACCGCAGCUUUUGCCCCUGGCCAUCACCCUCUAUGCAAUAUGGCUGCUCUUCUUGUUCCUGGCACUUGGACUCGCCGCCUCCAAAUUCUUCUGUCCAAAUCUGUCGGCCAUUUCCUCCACCCUACGCCUGACCCACAACGUGGCUGGCGUGACCUUUCUAGCAUUGGGGAACGGCGCUCCUGACGUCUUCAGUGCCAUGGCGGCCUUCUCAAGGCCCCACACCGCUGGGCUGGCCAUUGGAGCACUCUUUGGUGCUGGGAUAUUUGUGACGACGGUGGUGGCGGGUAGCGUGGCGCUGGUCAAGCCCUUCACGGUGGCCUCUCGGCCCUUCCUGAGGGACAUGGUCUUCUACAUGGCGGCCGUCUACUGGACCUUCACCAUCCUCUACAAGGGACACAUCGCCCUGGCCGAGGCACUGGGAUACAUUGGCCUGUACAUGGUGUAUGUGGCCGCUGUUCUUGUCAGUGCCUAUGUCUACAACUACAGGAAGCGCUCCAUCAAUGGACCUGCCACCCCAGUACCCACACCAGAUUUGCUGACUAGUGACGAAUACAGUGAUGGCGUGAACAAAAGCAUAAAUUCCUAUGAUGAAGAGUACCAGCCUCUGCUGCCCCACACGCUGUCCACCAGCCAGAUCUUCCUGAGCUCGCUGAAGCCCGUCGACAGCCGCAAGUGGAGAAGGAAACCCUGGACUUGGAGGCUCCUGAAGGUGGUCAAGAUGCCGCUGGAGGUGUUGCUGCUGCUGACGGUGCCGGUGGUGGACCCGGAUAAAGAGGACCACAACUGGAACAGGCCCCUCAACUGCCUCCACCUCGUCACCGGGCCGCUGGUCUGCAUACUCACCUUCAAGUCGGGAUACUAUGGCCUGUACAUGAUGGAGGGGGAGUUUCCAGUCUGGGCUCUGGUGGUGAUGUUUGGAGGUCUGCUGGCUGCUAUAGUUUUCUGCAGUACCACCAAUGAGCAACCACCACGGUAUCACUUUCUGUUCUCUCUGCUGGGUUUCGUGGUGAGUGCUCUGUGGAUCAGCACGGCGGCGUCGGAGGUGGUGAGCGUGCUCCACCUGCUGGGGGUGGUCUCCAGCCUGAGCAACACCGUGCUGGGCCUCACCCUACUGGCCUGGGGGAACAGCAUCGGGGAUUUCUUCUCGGACAUCACCAUAGCCAAGCAGGGUUACCCUCGCAUGGCCAUCUCGGCCUGCUUUGGAGGGAUCAUCUUCAACAUGCUGUUUGGUGUAGGCCUGGGCUGCUUGAUGCAGAUGUUCAGUGGCAAUCACCUAGUAAAGCUGGAGCCGGAGGGCAUCCUGUGCUGGGUCCUGGCCGCCUCUCUGGGCCUGAGCCUGGUGCUGUCCUUCGUGCUGGUGCCUCUGCAGUGUUUCCACCUGGGCCGCGCCUACGGCGUCUUCCUCAUCCUCCUCUACUUCACCUUCCUCCUCGUGGCUCUGCUCACCGAGUUCCGGGUGAUACGCUGGGGGGCCCUGUGAUGUGGAAAGUACAGUAAUUGACUUUGUAUAGAAAAUCGAGCAACAAAAGCUGUUUGGACGCUUGGGAGGCGCUUUUGGUGACGAGCGACGGUUUGAAGUUGAACUUCAGCGGACUUCGAUGAUGAUGAGCUAUGAUGAGGUUCGGUGACCGCUGCAGCAGCAGUUGGAGAAUGUCGGAGCACUUGCGUCUGCAUCACUGCGUCACUUUGCAUCGGUUGUUCUUUUGAUGUUUUUUGCUGCUUUUGUCGCUGCUGGGCUGAAAUAGUCCAGCAACGCUUUCUGCGCUUGAUAUGGCUUUUGUUGUUUUCGACUACUGGGCUGAAAUAAUCCUGUGCUUCAUAUUGCUUUUGUUUUCGGUGUGUUUGUGCAUCUGAAAAUCAGUAACCCUCCUCUGGUUACUUCCUCCGUCCUGUGCCUUAAGGUUCAGCGUCAUCAAGGACAUGUAAACAGUGGUGAUUCUACAAUAACUGGUGCCCCGGGCAACGCCCCGUCGGACGCCCCACCCCCUAACUGCAGGAAGGAGGAGAAAUCUGCACACUGUUUGCUGCUCAGCGAUUUAUUCAACACCUGACUAGGAUCGUUUGAGGCCGAACUGUUGUAUUGAAUGAAUCGAUGAGCAGCAACCGUGUGCAGAUUUCCCCCUUCUUCUCAGUCCUCCAACCUCCCUUGAUUCCUUCUUUUACUGUUGGUGCCUAUUGCUGCACCCCUUGCUGAAGUGCUGACCUGCAAACCGCUCACGUUCAUAUCGGGCUGUGAACUUUUUGUGACUGUGUGUUACCUGGAUGAACCUGCUGACAUUCGUGCUGUUGUUCGCUGAGAAAAAAACAAGUAUCUUUUUCAGUUUGCAUUGUGAACCAACUUUUUAAUUGUUGAGCACUCAGACUUGCGGCAUGAACACGCAGGCCGGUUUGAGAUAAGGUGCAGGAAUAGGCACCGGCACGGUUCUCAGGCGGCCUGAAAGUGCCUUUUAUGUCUACUGAAGGAGGGGCGACAUCAAGAGAUGAGGGCAGAGGAAAUGGCUGGAGGACUGGAGGCAGCCUCAAACUGCACUCUCUCAGAAACAAGCUUGAGGAAGCAUUUCAUACAGACAAUCUGUUGGGUUUACCGGUCGGUUGGUUCCUUUCUUUGCACUGGCCAUGUGCCACACCUUUCAACCCCUCCAACAUGCUGGAGAAAUCCACAGCAGUUCGAUGUGUUAUGUUCUGUAUGACUUAACGCACAGUUUUUUUUUUCCAAGUUUGAUUUUGUAAAUUGUAAGACUUUUGAAGGGACAAAACCCAAUCGCAUUGAGUGCUCACACGUGAUCUACGUAAUAGAACUUCUGAACAGAAAGCUCUCAGCUGUGCAUGGGUGGCCUCUGUUAUGCUAAGAGAAAUGUCUUAGCCUUUUGAGGGGAAAGAAACUCGUUCAUAUCUUACAUCUCAAUCACGCUUAUUUAAUGUGCGGAACAAGCUGUAUGUGAAUUACAGUCUCAAGAUUCAAGAUUCAAAAAGCUUGAAAUGUGGAAGGAAUCUUCAGUGUUUUAAUAGUCUGCCACAUUGUGGUGUGUUUGUGUAUAUUUUCUUCAAUCAUGAAAUUGCACCAGGAAUGUUUGCAAUACAAUGCACAGUGCGUUCGACUGUUUACAAGUCUAUUUCAAUACUAUGAGCCAUGCUUAUGGGAAAACAACUGAUGUAAAAUACAGAAAAACAUGUGAACUCUGAAUAUCAUUUUGAUGUUGUUUUUUUUUCUUUUUAAAAGAAAAAUGGAAGCGUUGUCCAAAGGGGUUGUCUCUUCUACUCUACUCAAGAAGGGUCAAUGUCUUCUACUGUAUUUCGGGACAGCCUGUUUUCUAUUUACUUUGUGUCUGAGACAGUGCAUUGAAACAACAACUUGUCUUUGACAGACAAACUCUGUGGCUGCACGAUAAUUGUACAGCACUGCCUAUAAAUGUUCUGUAACACUUUAUUUUAAUGGUUCACUAUUGCAAUGGCUCUACCACAUUAGGUACAGUGUAAUAACCUGUAUAACAAUAUUUAAUACCAUGUAAUACCAUGUACCAAGCCUAAACCUAACCCUAGAUGUCAGUGCAAAAUUGGUACACCGGUAUUACAUGGUAUUAAAUAUUGUUACACUGGUUAAUACACUGUGGCGUUCACCCGACAUAAAGUGUAACCAAAUGUUCUGACGUUCAAGAUGAGAUAUAUGCUCAUUACACAAACAAUACUGUACACAAACACAUAGCUAAACAAUAAGGGAUAUACAUGCUGUAUAUAAAGAAUCAGAGUGCAAUAUUUUUGGAUGAUGCACUUGUUGAACAUAAUUGUGUGAUUAAACCCAUUCUUAGACUGUC